GGGUCACGUGGCUGCGGCCGGAGCCCGGCGGCCCGCAGUCGGCCGAGCGCGCGGAGAGCGGGAGAGCGGGCUUCGGCUGCGGGGCUCCGGGCGGCGCCCGCUCGGUGGGGCUCCGGUGGCUCACGAUGCGCGACGCACAGGGCGAGGGGCGGGCCCCGGUGCUCCAGUUCACCAACUGCCGCAUCCUGCGAGGGCGGGCGCUGCUCAGGGAGGAUCUGUGGGUGCGCGGAGGCCGCAUUCUGGACCCGGAGAAGCUGUUCUUCGAGGAGCGGCGAAUGGCGGAUGAGCAGCGGGACUGCGGGGGCUGCAUCCUGGCGCCUGGCUUCAUCGAUGUGCAGAUCAACGGUGGAUUUGGCGUUGACUUCUCUCAGGCCACGGAGGACGUGGGUUCGGGGGUCGCCCUGGUGGCCCAGAGGAUAUUGUCGCAUGGAGUCACCUCCUUCUGCCCCACUUUGGUCACCUCGCCACCGGAGGUUUAUCACAAGGUCCUUCCUCAGAUCCCUGUGAAGAGUGGUGGUCCCCAUGGGGCAGGGGUCCUCGGGGUGCACCUGGAGGGCCCGUUCAUCAGCCGGGAGAAGCGAGGUGCACACCCCGAAGCCCACCUGCGCUCCUUUGAGGCCAACGCCUUCCACGAUGUGCUGGCCACCUACGGGCCCCUGGACAACGUCCGCAUUGUGACGCUGGCCCCCGAGCUGGGCCGAAGCCACGAGGUGAUCCAGGCGCUGACAGCCCGUGGCAUCUGUGUGUCCCUAGGACACUCGGUGGCCGACCUGCAGGCCGCGGAGGAAGCCGUGCAGAGUGGGGCCACCUUCAUCACCCACCUCUUCAACGCCAUGCUGCCUUUCCACCACCGUGACCCCGGUAUCGUGGGGCUCCUGACCAGUGACCGGCUGCCUCCCGGCCGCCACAUCUUCUACGGGAUGAUCGCGGAUGGCACGCACACCAACCCAGCCGCCCUGCGCAUCGCCCACCGGGCCCAUCCCCAGGGGCUGGUGUUGGUCACUGACGCCGUUCCCGCCCUGGGUUUGGGCAAUGGGCGUCACACGCUGGGGCAGCAGGAGGUGGAGGUGGACGGGCUGACAGCCUAUGUGGCCGGCACCAAGACACUGAGCGGCAGCAUAGCCCCGAUGGAUGUCUGCGUCCGGCAUUUCCUGCAGGCUACAGGUGCAGAACACUCAGAGUUUGGACAAGUAGAGGCUGGACGGUCUAACGCAUAGUCUCUGGCAUAUGGAUAUCAAGAUCCAGGCUGUGGCUCUACAAGACCUAGGGCCAGUUACAGAACUCAGAAUGCCUCAGCUUCCUCAUCUGAAAAGUGGGGCAGUACUAGCAAGGAUACUUGUUCAGAGAUUAGGCAUGAAAAUUCUUUACUAAGAGUAAGUGCUGGCUCAAUGUUAGCAGCUAUCACUGCUAUUCAAGAAUUAAUUCUCGUUAGUGGGAUUAUGGAUUAAUUUAUCUAAUUAGUCUCUGUACUGUCUAAAUUGUUAUUAAAAAAUAAACAUUUCUUUUGGAAGUA